GCCACUUCCUCAUAAAACAUCUAAGAAAUUUUUUCUUUAUAAUAUAGCUGGUAUUAAUAGUAUAUCAACACACCCAAAUAAAAAUUAUGAUGGAAUAAAUUUGUCAAUUGUAAAUUUGGAUUCUGCGGGAAAUGUAACCCUUAAAGUUAGCGCACCGAAUGAUCGAAUUACAAAGAUUGUUUUGUGGGCAGAGAUUAUGAUUAAUGAAACUGAACAGCAUAUCGGUUCUUUCCUACCAAUUGUUGGACACGCGUUUUUUUCUGGUUGUGAUGGUAAACCUAAAUCAACGAUUACUGAUUAUGAUGAUUUUAAAAUAUCAUCAAAUAUCGUCUAUGUUUGGAGUGCUCCACAAGGAACAACGAUUUAUAUGAAUGAUCCUCGAGUUCAAUCAAAAAGAGAACUACCAAAGCGAUCUCAACGUUUUAUUGAAAAUAAUAAUUAUCACCAUCGCAAAGGGUACUCACUAACACAUAAUAAACACCGUACUUCGGAACAGCAUGAAGAAUAUUGCCGUCAUCAUCAUAAUGAACGUAGCUGCCAUAGUAAGCUUGAUAAACACCGUAUUUUAGAGAAAUAUUGCCGCCAUCAUCCCGACAAACAUAACUGUCAUAAGAUGCUUGAUAAACAUCGUACUUUAGAGAAAUAUUGCCGUCAUCAUCCCGACAAACAUAGCUGUCAUAAGAUGCUUGAUAAACAUCGUACUUUAGAGAAAUAUUGCCGUCAUCAUCAUGACAAACAUAAAUGUCAUAAUGAGCUUGAUAAACACCGUAUUAUAGAGAAAUAUUGCCGUCAUCAUCCCGACGAACAUAAAUGUCGUAAGCUUGAAAAUCAUCAGUCGGAUGGCAGUAGUUCGACACCAAAGGUGGUUGCGUUCUAUUUUAAAGGUGCAGCGUUUCUCGAAAGUAAUCCGGUCAAUGUUACCGUUUUUUCUUCAGACAUAAUGUUUAUUAGCGGGGAUAUUCCACCAUACAAUAAUUCAUCCAAUGAAAUUUCGAAUUCUGGAAUUGAGAAUAUAGAAGACAAUAGUUCUAUAUCUAGUUCCGCUUCUUCAUUUAUUAGUUUUAAAAGUUUUGGUCUUAACUUAGCAUUACUUUUAUUGCUCGUAGGAUUCCUUCAGUAA